CGCGCCCGGAACCGGCGGCGGGAGCGAGCGGGGCGAUCCCGGAGCAUCCCGGAACCGCCCGCAGCAUCCCCGAGCCGGCCGGAGCCUCACGCAGCCAUGGCCCGCCCCGCCGCGCCCGGCCCCGCGCCUUGGUGGAAUUACUUUUUCCUUUAUGAUGGCUCAAAAGUGAAGGAGGAAGGGGAUCCUACGAGUGCCGGGAUCUGUUAUUUUUACCCUCCCCAGACCAUCCCAGAGCAGCAGGAGCUGCUGUGUGGGCAGAUGGCCGGGGUUGUUCGCUGCCUCACCGAGAUCUCCGGGGCCCCUCCCAGCCUCGUGCGCCUCAGGAAGCUCAAGUUCGCCGUGGUGGUGGAUGGAGACUUCCUGUGGGUUCUGGGCUGUGCUGUGGAGCUGCCUGAUGUGAGCUGCCGGCGGCUCCUGGAGCAGCUCAUCGGCCUCUUCACCUUCUACCAGGGCCCUGUGCGUGGUGCAUACACGACGUUUUCCCAGGAGGAGUUGAGCAGGGAGUGGGACAGGUACAUUGAACACAUCCAAAAAAACACCAAUGACCUCCACAGGAUUUUCAAUUCUCUCUGGCAUUUGGACAAAACCAAGGUGGAUCCCCUGCUUUUGCUGAAGGCAGCUCUCAUCCUGCAGACAUGCCAGCGCUCUCCCCAUGUCCUGGCAGGCUGCAUCCUUUACAAAGGCUUGAUUGUGAGCACCCAGCUGCCACCUCCACUCACUGCCAAGGUCCUCCUGCAGGGCAGUGAGUCCCCAGGCCAGAGCAAGCCCGGAGCUGAGGAGCUGCAGGAGCAUGAGUCUCUGCUGCCGCCGGGCGUCCGAAUCCUCCCGGUGUUCCUCACAGGAGAGGAGGUCUCUGUGCUCCGGGAAUUCCCAGUGGAGUGGAUGGCCAGGUCACCCAUGGUCCCAGCAGGCCCCAGAGGAGAGGACAGUGCUCUGUGCUCCCAGGCAGUUCCAGAAUCAACAGCAGCUCGUGAAAACCAAGCCCUGGAUGGAAUCUCUGUGCAGGAAUCCCACAAGGAUGCUUCAGGCACACCUGCCCUGGGAGAUGCUGUGCAGUUGGGCAGCACUGUGAGUCCUCUGAUGGACUUCUCUGCAAUGGGAGCUGGCACAAGGAAUUCUCCAGCUGCAAACCUGAGUGGAGCAGGCAGUGGGAGCUCAGAGCUCAGCAGGAAAACAUCCUUCCCCUCAGAGAGUGACACAGAACAGCUCCCAAGCCCUUCCUCACUCCAGACUGAAUGUACUUGGACUACAGGUCCAUACCUGGAAGGCUUUUCCUUUCCCAACCCUUACUCCUGGGAGCAGGAGAGCCAGGACAAGGGGCAAUCCACUGCGGAUUCUGAUGUUGGUCGCUGUGCUCCCCCAAAUUCCCUUUCAGUCAGCCACAGCCCAGCUGUUCCCUCUCCUGCCCGGGAGCUGAGCAGGAGAAAAGCCAGUGAGCAGAACAAGCCAGGGACUGUGAGCCAGGACCGUGUGUCUGGAGGAAGUGACAGCACAGCUGGUGACCACGUGUGGGGCUUGGAUUGUCCAGGCCCUGCUGGACACGCACAGCUCCGGAGCAGGAGGCAGCUGCUGACCCCAGGGGCUCAUGAGGCUCUGCCCAGUGACCCUGCAGGGGACAGGCCAUGUCCCAGCAGCAGGAAGAGCAGCUGGGACAGGCUGGCUGGCAGAGAGGACGAGCCAGCCCAGCUGAGCCUCUACGUUCACUGCAUCCAGGGGCUGGUGCUGUCGCUGCUGGCUGAGGAGCAGCUGCGCCGGGACCGCGGCGCCGUGGAGGACGUGUACCACAGCAGCCUGGCCUCCCUAAACGGCCUCGAGGUUCACCUGAGGGAGACUCUGCCCAAGGACUCCUCAGCCUCAGGCAGGACAAACUACAGCUUCACACACUAUGACUGUGUCCAGAACGUCCUCACGGCCAACUUGCCCCACAGCCUCGGGCCCCUGGAGCGGCACUUCCUGAGGGCGGCCACACUCAUCCACUCCGACUUCAGCCAGCUCCCCACGGCCUCAGAAGUGAUCAUCAGGAACGCCUCCACAGCUGUGUAUGCCUGCCGGAAUCCUGUCCAGGAGACUUACUUCCAGCAGCUGGGAGCGCCGCUCCGCAACUCAGGCGUGCCCAACCCGCACGACAGCGCCUUCAGCCUGCCCAGCAAGGCCAAGCAGAAGCUGCUGAAGCACGGGGUGAACCUGCUGUGAGCUCCUGUGCACUCAGAACAGCUCAGCCCUGUGGGAUGUUCAUCUCCAGUAAGGAAAAUCUCAGCUGUUUGUGCUGACAGAGGCAGGAGGCCCUGCCCUGCCUCUGUGGGGUCUCCAGCCUGCCUGGCCCUGAGGAAUAGACACUCCUUGCCCUGUCCUGCAGCACGUUUUGGGCCAGUGCAGGUGUUACUGACAGCAUUUACCAAAGACUCAGGGCAGAACAGCGUCUGGGGGCACUAGGUUUACAUGGGCUUUACAGGGACCCUCUUGGUGCUCUGCAGACUCCCCACGUGCCUUGAUCGGAGGUAAAGCCUCACCUUGCUCUGAGUUACACAGCCCCUGGGCAGUGCUGGCUUUCAGAGGUGUCAGUCAGCCACUGUCUGUGCCUGCACUUGCCCUGGUCAGAUUUUGGCUUUAUUUAUAUCCCUUAAUCCAUGGCAAUGACCCUGCCAUGACUUAGUGCCUUACCUUGGUUAGCAGUGCCUGCCUGUUCUCACACGGGAGCAGAACAAGAGCUGCAGAGCUCAUAAUCCCCCUUUGGGUGCUCCCAGGAGGUUUUUACACCACAGCUGACUCUGCAGGGAUGUCCCUGUCCCUCCACACCUCCCUGGUCAGUGAUUGUCCAGCCCAGCCCUGCCCUCCUCGUGCCCACCUCGCCGUGCAUCCUCACGGGGCUGGGUGCUGGUGCUGGUGGUGUGAGUGUCCCUCAGCCUUGUGCUCCCUCCCUCCUGCCGACCUCACUUCACUGCUCUUACUGCUGUGUUUGCCCACACUCUGCAGACCCCAAGGUUGCCUCUUUGUGCUGGUUUUUUAGGGACCAAAGAGGUUUUGCAUCCCCUCAGCAGCUGUUCUCUUUCUGCUCUGACAGUGUCCCCAGUUCGUGGUGGCCAGGGUGGCCAGGGUGGUGGCUGCUUAGACUGAGGGAUGGAUAUCUGUGUUUGGCUGGGCUUGGAAGCUGCUGCUGGUGCAGACACACCCCUCAGUGUGACUGUGGAAAUAAAGGAGUCUCCAAGGCUCACUCCAGCACUGUGUGUCAGCAGGCAGAGUCACGUUGUUGUGUUGUUGUCAUGUUUGUGGUUCCUGGUGUGAUGGGCUGGGCUGUGGGAGCUGUUCCCUGUUCAGCUCCGUGCCAAGGGUGGUUCCUGUAGUGUUGGGGUUGAACAGGCAGAGCCUGUUGGUUCAAUCAUUCCUGCAGAGCAGCUUUUUGGAAGCUUCCUGACGGGUAGAUGUGUGACUGGUGUCACAAGAGAUGGUGAGCAGAGACGUGAAUGUGGGGAGGUGCUGAGCAGGGCUGGGCACGGGAAGGUCACCACUGCCACAGCUUCUGGUCCCACCCCAGCACAGACAGUUCCCAAGGUCUCUCUGCCAUCCCAGGGCUGCUCCACAGACACUGCUGGGAAUUUCAGAGGACUCCAGAGGACGAGCCAGCUGCUUGCUCAGGGGUGGCUGGGCACAAAUGCCACCCGUCUGCCAGCCUGGCAGCUGAGAAGGUGUUCCAGCAGGAGCAGAGUCGUGUGGCACUGCUCCCACCCUGGGCAUGGGAGGACUAUCAGGAGCCUGUUGGCAGUGUAGGAGUGAAAACUCCAUAGGAAGCCUGAGCUGGAGCCAGCCUGGUGACCUCCCGCUUCAAUGACGUCCUUGUGAAAGAUGGCACAAGGUAAGGUGCUGCUUCCCUGGUGACUUCUCUGCACACUUCCACUGGGUGAUGGACAAACUGCUCUGGUUGUGGAGGAAGCACAGGGAACAUAGUAAGGGAGAACAUCAGGGAGCCUUCACGGGCUGUGAGAAGGCAGGAGGGAUGAGGGUUGUGUGCUCUGGGAUCCCUGCUCAGCUGAGCCAAGGAACCCCUCUGAGAGAUGCUGCUCAGCCUGUCCCUUCUGUGCCCUCAGCAGAUCUGGGUUCCCUCUGCAAUUCCCAGGAGAGGAAGCCUUGGAGCACCAGGAGCAGCUCCAGCCUGCUCAGCUCCCCGGGGAGAUCCGCCUGGAUGCUGCCUGGGCGCUUGGGAAGCGGUUGUGUGCUCUAGCAGGAAACAGAGAAGUGGAAGGAAAAGCCUGCGAGGGACAGGAGGGAGAUUUGGCACAGCAGCAAAGCACAAACUGGAUGGAUGCUCCUGCCUGCUGCCAUCAAGGAUCUGCUGCAAUCUGCUGAGCCGUCUGCCCGCCAGGAACAGCUGGGCUGGCUCUGCUCCUUCAGCUGCUCAGGCUGUAUCUGCCCACCCAGCCCAUGCCUGGCCACCCAGCCCACCCCUGCCCUGUGCUGGGCAGGAGGGAACAGCACACAGAGGGCUCCUGGCCCGUGGGGCGAUGGCUGUGCUGGGAAGGAUGCUUUAAAAUGGGGCAUUUUGAGCAUCAGGGGAUGAGGAGCAGCUGGACCUGUCUGAGUGCUGCCUGGGAGGGGCUCGUGGGGGGCAAUUCCUGCCCUGCCAAGCUGGCUUUGUGCUUAAGGGGGUGAGGCAUUGAUUUUCAGGCAGUUGGGUGGGAUUUGAGCAGCACCCUCUGCCCUGGGGCUGCUGCCUUUGAUGCAUCAGUGCAGGCAGCUGGAAGGAAUUCCUGAAAUGGUUUGUGGAUGCUCUGCCAAGGCUGAUGGUUCCUGUGGGGCCUGGGGAGCUCUGGGCCUGCAGCUGCUCCUGGGGAUGGCUGGGGACAGUCUCUGCUGCCCUGGGCCAGGCAGUGGGGCUGGAACCCACAGCUGUCCCCCACCAGCAGGCUGGGGCAGAUGCUCCCAGUGCUCCUUGGCAGCCUGGGCUCCACUGACAUCACAGAAUCCCAGAAUGGCUUGGGUUGAAAAGGACCUCAAAUAUCCAUUUGCAAGUCCAUGCCACAGGCAAGGUUUCAUCCACUAGACCAGGCUGCUCAGGGCUCCAUCCAACCUGGCCAAACCCAGGCCUGGGAGGCUGUAACUGGUCAGGACAGAGUUUCCAUGGGUUGGGUAUUUUACAGCACUGCCCUCACUCACUGUUAUCACUGGCAAAUGGGGCUGUGCCCCCUCCCACCCUGCAGCUCCUGCUCUUUCCAGGCCACUCCUCCCCACCAGCAGCCAGAUAAGCAGGACCCAACCCCUCGGUGUUUGCAUGACCCUGGAGUCAUUAGAGCAGCAGGCAAAGCCCGUUCUGUUUUCAGCACAACUGUUUAUUGAUAAUCUUUGCUUAUCCACUGUAUGAAUGUUACCAACCUUCGGACAGAGCCAGCCUGCUUCCCCAGGGCCUGUGUCCAGGUAGCCAAUGCGUGUAGAAAUCAUGCACUUCAGGUAGUCUGUAACAAGACGGGUGUAAAAAAUACCUCAGAUGUAUUUGAAAUCUCUGCCUGGUCUUGCAAUCGAAUCACUGAAAAGUCUGUAAAGAAGUUGUUGGGGGACAGGGCUGGUCCCUCUCGGGCAGAGCAGAGCUGUGAGCAUCCACCACACACUGUGCUUUGAGGGGGGUGUUGUAAAUCAGCCCCCAGACCCCAAACAGACCCUGGUGCUGGGGGCCUUCAGGAAAAGCGUGGUGGUCCCUGGGUGGGCAGGACCCCAGGGUGGGGGCUCGUUGCUCAGGCUGUAGAAUUAACCCCCCUUGGGAGCUUCUCCUGUGGUGGUGUCAGGUCCAUGGGAGCUGCUGCUGUGUGUGCCUGCCCUGGCUCGAGGAAAGGAGAAGAUGGAGCAGCAGAAGGAAUGGUGACCUCCUUUCUUCCUACGGACAGACAAAACCCCCAUUCUGUGUUCCCAAACAGCAUCCCUGCCCCUGCAGGGCCUCCCAUCUGGAGCUGGGAAAACUGAGGGUUGCAGACAGAGCAAGGAAGGGAUUUGGGCAAUUGCUAACACCCUUGGUCAGACUGAAGAGCACGACUGUGUGUGCUGCUCCCUCAGCAGGCUGGAGGUCGGGGCUCCUGCCUUGCUGGGCUGGCGGUGGACUCUGCUCCCUGCCUGGGUGACAAAAAGGGGUUCUGAGGGCAGGAGGGCUGGGGAGCCCCAGCUGGCACAUGGAGGAGGAAGCAGGAGCCCCAGGAGGGCUCUUGGUGGGCAGAGCUGUGCCUUGUCCGCCCCAUCAGAUGCAGCCUGGGGGGAGCAC